CACAGCUAAACAACCCGGCACCCUAAUCUGCAAUCGGAGAAUCUCCGAUUGGGAGAGAACCAUACCGAAAUCCACCCAAAAGAUAAUCUUUAUCCUUUCUCGUGGCGUAUUCAGACACUGGAAAGCGUCCUGCUUUCACCAACCGGAAAGGUAGAGAAAAGGGGGUUCUUGUUCAGAUCUCGUUCUGUGUUUGCUCUUUUCUUGCUUCAAUGGCGGAUUCUAGGAAGUACAUUUCGAGGGCUGAUCUUCAAAACCACAAUAAACCAGGAGAUCUUUGGAUCUCUAUACAGGGGAAGAUCUAUGAUGUCACGAGGUGGGCUGAUGAUCACCCUGGAGGAGCGCCUCCGUUGCUGAAUCUAGCCGGCCAGGACGUUACUGACGCCUUCGUGGCCUUUCAUCCGGGCUCGGCCUGGCAAUAUCUGGACAAGUUCUCUACUGGGUACUAUCUCGAGGGUUACUCUGUUUCUGAGGUGUCCAAGGAUUAUAGGAGACUUGUCUCCGAGUUUUCAAAGAUGGGUCUUUUUGAAAAGAAAGGGUACGGUGGCUUCAUUUCGCUUUGCUUCGUCGCGUUGUUGUUUGCAGUGAGUGUUUGGGGCGUUUUGUGCUCGGAGAGUGCAUGGGUGCAUCUGGGUUGUGGUGGAUUAAUGGGGUUCUUGUGGAUACAGAGUGGGUGGAUUGGGCAUGAUUCUGGGCAUUACCAGUUCAUGGUGAGCCCUAGGUUCACUCGAUUUAUUCAGAUCCUUACUGGGAAUUGCCUUGCUGGGAUCAGUAUUGCAUGGUGGAAAUGGAACCACAAUGCCCAUCAUAUUGCAUGCAACAGUCUAGAUUUUGAUCCAGAUCUUCAACACAUGCCAUUCUUUGCGGUAUCUUCCAAAUUGUUCAAUUCAAUUACCUCUUACUUUUAUGAUAGGAAGAUGAAUUUUGAUUCUGUUGCAAGGUUCUUGGUUAGCUACCAGCAUUGGACAUUUUAUCCUGUAAUGUGCUUUGCUAGGAUUAAUCUGUUUUCACAAUCCUUCAUUCUGUUGUUAUCUAAGAGAAAAGUGCCAAAUAGGGGUCAGGAGAUUUUGGGGCUUCUUUUGUUUUGGACUUGGUAUCCAUUGCUUGUUUCUUGCCUUCCCAACUGGGGUGAAAGAAUAAUGUUUGUGGUUGCAAGCUUUGUGGUGACUGGAAUUCAACAUAUUCAAUUCUGCUUGAAUCAUUUCUCAUCAAGUGUUUAUGUUGGCCCACCUAGCAGCAACGACUGGUUUGAGAAGCAGACUAUUGGAUCACUUGACAUAUCGUGCUCCUCUUGGAUGGAUUGGUUCCAUGGUGGCUUGCAGUUUCAAAUUGAGCACCAUCUGUUUCCAAAGUUGCCUCGAUGCCAUCUGAGGAAAAUCUCUCCAUUAGUUAAGGAACUAUGCAAGAAGCAUAAUUUGCCAUACAGCAGUGCAUCAUUUUGGAAGGCCAAUGAAAUGACGAUUGGAACUCUCAGGGCUGCAGCCUUGCAGGCUCGUGAUCUCACCAAUCCAGUUCCUAAAAAUUUAGUGUGGGAAGCAGUUAACACCCAUGGGUGAGAGAAUGCACAUUCUGAAGCUUGCCUACAAUGAACCGGGGCAUAAUAUCCGCUGAUGAUAAUUUUUUUUUAUUGCUUGGAGGCUUCAUUUUAUUGUUUGAAAUGUAUGUUUUUACUGAUCAGCUCAUUUUCUCCUUCGUUGAUUAAGCUAUAAACCAUUCAUGCUGAUUCCUUGCAGGUUAAGGAAUUAGUUGGAUGUUAAGUUUUGUGUUUACUCUUAUGAGACUCUGCUUCCUCUAUAAUUUGAUAUGAUUUAAACCCACUGGACGUAACAUUUGAUAGU